AUGGACGAAGUGUAUCAGAUUGCUUCCACAGAAAGCGUCCAGCUGUUGGAGAGGGAGCUGGCUGUGCAGCUGGCAGAGCUGAAGGCCGAGAUAGAAGAACAGGGGCCUCUGCAGGGGACAGCUCCUGGAGUCUCCAGCUCUGUUCGGGUACCGAAGGACGUUUCUUACUUUCGAAGAGAAAGGGAACUGGCAUUAAAAAAGAUCCUCCAGGUGGCCGAGGCAAAGCCCCUUGUUGUUCAGGCUGAUGUCAUGCAGAGGGAGCUAGAGAGCUGCCUAAGAAGGGAGUACACCCCUGAAAAUUUACCUUUGCUUCUGUUGCAGCACUACACAGAGCGGAUGGCCCAGCUGGCCCAGAGCAAGUACUUGCACAUGCUCAGGUGGAAGAGGUUUUGCCAGCACAGUAAGAUCAUGGAGCAGCUCCAUCCUUUGUACCAGAAACAAGUUGGCUACAUCAUGCGGGAGUACAAUGACACCAUUCACAGAGCAGAAAGGCUGUCUGUGGCCCGAGAAAACUUCCUCAUGGGAAAAAGCAAUCCUUCUAAUUUAGUGACACAGGAAGACUUGACUAUUUACACAAGGUGGUUCGUGUGUCACCUGCACUCUCUCAAGACGAUUCAUCAUUACCUGCAGCUUUGUCCCAGCAGCACCAACAUCCAUAGUUACCCCAGAAACCUGGCCAUUGUCCUUGGUGUCAUCCUUCCCCGACUCCAGCCAUUCAUGGCCAAGGUCCCUCUGGUGGCUCCCGAGUCGCAUGGUGUUGUAAUGACCUACUUGUCAGUCUGUGAACUCUUUGAGGCCCUCCAGUAUUUGCCCAUCUCCAAGGUACUGAGUGUAACUGCGGACAGACUCCCUGAGGUUGGUCCAGACAACGAAAAGGACAUUGGCCCUGACAUCCAAAGCUCUGCUUCUCCAGGCCCAACAGGCACCGACACCUCCGGGACAACGAGGUCACGAGCUACUUUCCUCCUGCCCCAACACACAGCGGAACUAGGAGACGUGAAACCCCAGCUGAAGCGCCUGCUCUUCCAUUACAGCAUCCCAUUUGACGUGGAGGAGCUGAGGGACUCGGCUAAGGAGAUGGAGCUGUUGUCCUUGGUUUCCCAGAAAUUUCAAAGCGUCUUCAAGGAGCAACAGAGAAUGCAGACAUUUCCAGACUACCAUGCUGGGAUAGCUAACACAGAGAGCCCAGGCCUGGCAGGACGUGGUGUGGCCUUCAAAAAGAGAGCCGACUGGAUUGCCUUUAUAAAGAUUAAACCGAAAUGCGAUCCUUGGCAAAAGAAGUUUUUGACCAAGCUAAAAGAACGGAGAAGAACAGAUGGAUUAAUGCAACUCCAAGCAAAGUUUUUGAAGAUUUCCAGCCCAGGGCGAGCGGUGCAGGCGCUCCAGGACCACGCCGCAAAGAUGAUCACACUGGCGGCCCAAGGGCCGUCCUUCGCGGCUUCCCAGGGUUUGCAUCAGUGCAACUAUGACCACAUCUGGGAGCGUAUUUACAGCAACGUCCACCUCUACCAGGUACAGCAGAGAGAAAUGGCCGAAACAACUUUCCGUUCAAGUGGAAAGCUGUACUAG